AUGGCCCGUUCAGCCAGCGCUCACGAAGGACCGCCGCGCUCGUCCGUCAGCGACAACGAUGAUGACUUCCCUGCCUCGGUCUCGGAGGCCGCCUACGCGGAAGGGCAGAUCAAUGAGCGUUCCAGGCUUCUUGGCCCCAACGGUCAACGUCGACCCCUUCUUUCACCAGACGAUGAAGCCGUCUCUCCUAUGAAUAUGUUCCUUGUCCGCGCUUUGCGGACCAUCUCCUUCGUCUUACUUUUGAUCUCCUCAAUCUGGGCAUUGUUGCUUUUUGUCAACGUCUUUGUCGCGAUCCCUGGCCUAAGUGCUAGGGCAAGCGGAUAUACUGCAUUCAUCUUUGCAGUAUUCAGUGUUACCAACUUGGUGAUUAAUUUGCUGUUCUUUACGACUCCUAGCAAGGGCGAUCGACUUGUUUCCCUUACAAUCUCAGUAUUCCUCCUUGCUUGCGCUGUUUUCAUUCUUGUUGUUCCUCGACUCCGUCUCGAGGAAGGCUGGGUUGGAAUUGCUACGGUUUUUUGGGCCGCAUUGAUCGGUGCAUGGACCGUGGUAACAGAUCGCGUCGUUGAAUGGGGCAAGCAGGAGGAGGAAGAGCGUUUGACUGGUCGUGUCGAAACCCGUCGGACGCUUGGUGAGUGGUUCAAGGUCUCCUUUACCCUCACCUCUCUUCUCGUUCUCUUUGGUUUGGUCUUCCUCACCGCUAUGGGUCUUGUUCUUCGCGCUCACGAUGCUACCUUGGCUCCACCCGGCCAACGCUAUUACGUUGACAACCGGAAGUACCAGGUGCACCUCAAUUGCUACGGCGAUGCAAAGCCUGAUCAACCGACUGUCCUUAUCGAAGCUGGCGAGACUUCCGCCUACUACCUCAACACUUGGGUUGCGGAGGCUCAGUCCGCCGGUGACGUUGGACGUGUCUGCUACUGGGACAGGCCUGGGUUCGGCUGGUCCGACUCUGCUCCCUCACCUUUGAGCGCUGGUAUGGCAGUCGACGUCCUUUCGCAGGUCCUUACCUCUGCCCGUGAGGACGGUCCUUUUGUUAUUGUUGCCCACGGUGUAGGUGGUUUGUAUUCCCGCAUCUUCGCAUCCCGCCAUGUUCCGGACAUCAAGGGUUUGCUUCUUAUCGAUACCCUUCACGAGGACCUCUUGGGCCGCAUUGCUUCAUCCAGGCAUGGAUUCAUGGCUUUCCUUCGCGGACUCUGGUCCCCACUGAGCAUCGACCGCCUCUUUGGCUGGAUCUUCCGUGGUCGUUCCCGCGAGGACCGCAUUUACGGUCGUUCCGCCUGGCGCGAUGGAAAGGUUCAGAAGGCUUUGUUGCAGGAGAACCUCGCUGCCAAGACCCUUACUCACAACGAAAUCAUCGCGGCACGUGCUAUCUUGCCUGCUAACGUCCCUAUCAGCGUUGUUACCUCUGGUCGCCAUAUCAAGCGCGACAAGGCGUGGGAGUCGAAACAGCGUGACCUUGCGGGCUUGAGCGAGCAGGGAACUUGGGACAUCGCCAACACCGCCGGUCACAUCGUCUGGCGUGACGAUGAGGGUCGCGACAUCGUGAAGAAGAGGUUGGCUGCUCUGGUUAGCGGAACAGUUGGUAACUCGACCAUCUGA